GUGGCCGCUGAGCUUUGGGGCACAGGCGCUAUGAGUCGUGCGCAAGACGAGGACGACUACGAUGCUCCUCCCCAUCCAGAGGAUGGAGGAUACGAUGUUGCCUGGCCCAGUGGUGAAGAUGAGCAUGAGGAAUUCUCUGCUACGGUGGCUGAGACUGUCAACGAGAAAGGGUACUGUGUGAUUGACAUGCCUUUCAGCGAUGAGGCAGUGAAGGAAGUGGAAAGCAGUGUCCAGCAGAUGGAAUGGGGCGUCUUCCCAAGUGAAACCGAGGAGGAGUAUCUUGGGGUGGAUGUGGUGGACAGCAAGGUGGCAUGGCUCCAAUACAUGGGCUACUACCAGGCGAGUCAGACUCGCCUUCGAAUGUUUGACAUCGAGGAAAUGGGGCCCAACAUGGCUAUGGAUCAGUUGGCUCCAUUGGAGCUCUGCGAUCGCGCCCUAACCAAUGUGGCCGCGCUGAUGUGGCCUUACACACCUGACUACGAGGACGACAAGGCCUUUGCCGUGUUCCAGCGAACCGCUGGCUUGGUGAGGGCGUCGAUGAAUUCGGGUGAUGAAGGUGUCCGAAGCCGCACCUUCGGUCAAGACGAGCAGUCAGAGCUCGACUCACACAUAUCCUUUGUGGAUGGAAAGCGCCUUUGCGUCAUGUUUUUGGUGGACAACGAAGGAGGAGAGUUGGAGCUCUUUCCCAACCCCACUGGAUAUGACUACAAUGAGGUGACACUGCCCUUGACGAAGGGCAAGAUCAUCGUCUUUCGAUGUGAUGCUUUAGGUUUGAACUAUAGCUACCGACCCAAAGGCAAGAACUUGUCGGUGAUGUCCUGGGUGUUAGACAUCCCAUCAACCUGGAAAGAGAAGGAAGAGGCGUUGCGUAUCAUUGAUGGCCCUGCAGAGCCUGAAGGAAAGCGCAACAACAUUAUGGGAGUCCACACAAGAUACCCCGGCCUUGGCUUCCAAGUGCAGGCAUACUGGAAUAUGCUUGUGGCUGGCGGCGACACACAGGUGAAGGUGCCGCUGCAGCGAUGGGACACCGAGAUCUAUUACAGGGCGGAGCACACCAUCGGCUUUUCAAUGACCUGCCACGGCGCCACACUUCAACAGUCGGAAAUUGAGCUCUUCGACAACCAGUUCUUCGGCAUUGAUGCAAAAGAGGCACAGGAAAUGGCACCCUACAUGCGAUGCAUGUUGGAGGUGGGCUACGAAGCCCUGCAUAAUGCGGGACAUCGAAAGAACGAGCUGAAGAAUUUCAAGUGCGGUGUGUUCGUGGGCGAUUCAGGUUCAGACUGGGACAGUGUUCAUCAGACCGACCUUCGCAACCGACCGGUGGUCUUCGCGGGGAGGGAGCGAUCAGCGGCUGCAAAUCGGAUGUCGCACAUUUUUGGGCUCACUGGUCCUACAUCCACUGCUGAGACGGCUUGUUCUUCGUCUCUGGUGGCUCUGGGAAUUGCGCAGAUGACCAUGAGGCAGAAGUUGGAGGACCAGAUGAAUCCAAACAUUGCCACCGAUUUGAAGCACGGUCUGGUGAUUGGAUGCAACACGCUGAUCGGACCCUAUGGUUACAUCUCCUUGAGUGGCCCGGGCAUGCUCACGCAUCAGGGCAGGUGCUUUACUUUUGACCAUUCAGCUGAUGGCUUCGCACGAGGAGAAGGUAUCGGCUCCAUCAAGCUGAAGGUGUGUGACGAUUCCUUUGAAGCAGCUGGACGUGUUGCCAUGCUCAUCGGCUGCAGUGUCAAUCAGGACGGUCGAAGUGCCUCCAUGACAGCUCCUCACGGUCCAUCUCAGCAGGAAGUCAUUCGACAGUCAAUGAGAGAGGCUGGACUGAGUCCGAACAUGAUCACCAUUGCUGAGUGCCAUGGAACAGGGACUGCAUUGGGAGAUCCCAUUGAGAUUGGAGCCUUGCGAGGGGUGAUGCGAGCGGAUCGCAGCGUUCCCAUCUUGAAGACCAGUUCCAAGACCAAUAUGGGGCACUUGGAAGCUGGUGCGGGGAUGGCAGGUUUGAUCAAAUGCAUUUGCAUGUUGAACUACUCUGCUGGAGCUCCUAACGUUCAUCUUUUCGUGCUGAAUCCUCACUUGGAUGUGGCAGGUUAUCCCGUGUAUUUCGAGUCCGAGCUCAUCGAUUAUGGUGCAAACAGCGGCCUCACGGGCGUGUCAUCCUUCGGUUUCGGAGGAACCAACGCCCGUGCAGAUGUGUGGGGCCAUGCGACGAAAGGACACAGGUACAGCAUCACUGGGCCCUUGGAAUCUCUCGCGGCAUUCCGGUGAUGAUCACUGGGAUUCUUCCAAAGGAUUGGAUCAACAGAAGACCAACAGCAACCAACAGCAAC